GUCAUUUGGCUGCUGUUGAUCUGAUGAGCUUCAACACAAUAUAUUUGAUGCUGAUGUCGGUCAGAAUGGCUCCUCGUCUUCCUCUGAUCUUUCUGCUCAUGAUUCACGGGGGUUUUAAUGCUGACUGGGGUGUGAGCUACAGUCAUUCACACAUCUGUGCACUAAAGAACUCAUCAGUGAUAAUGAGCUGCACUUAUACAUACCCUACUGGAUAUCAGAUCAAUAAAAUGUUCUGGACCAAAAACCCUGUGAAAGAUAAAGAGCCUCCUGAUCUGUCUAAGGAUCCUGAAUACAGUCAGAGGCUUCAGUAUCUGGGAGAUAAACAGCAGAACUGCACCGUCAGACUGAAUCAUGUGACACAGAAGGAUUCACACAAGUACUGUUUCAGAUUCAUCACUGAUAAACCUGGUGGCACAUGGCUUGGUCAUACAGGAGUGUCUCUUACUGUCACAGAUCUUCAGGUGGAGUCUCCUGAGAGAGUGACAGAGGGAGAUUCAGUCCGUCUGACAUGUAAAAGCAGCUGCACUCUGACUGACAGAGCAACAUUCAUCUGGUACAGAAACUCACAGCCAUUAACUGAGAGAAGAGACAGAAACAAUGAACUCCUGCUGCAGUCAGUCAGAAGAGAGGAUGCAGGCAGAUAUAGCUGUGCUCUACAUAGACACACUUACAUCUCUCUUCCUGUUUAUCUCAAUGUCAUGUAUCCACCAAAGAGUGUCUCAGUGUCCAUGAGUCCAUCUGGUGAAAUAAUGGAGGGAGAUUCAGUGACUCUGAGCUGCAACAGUGAUUCAAACCCACCUGCAGAAAUCAGCUGGUUUAAAGGAGAAACGUUUGUAAGAUCUGGAAGAAUCUACAGCAUCUCAAAGAUCAGCUCUGAUCACAGUGGAGAAUACAAGUGCAAGUCCAUCAGUGUACAUGGAAAUAAAUACUCUGAUGCUAUGAAUUUAAACGUCAUGUAUUCUCCCAGGAGUAUCUCAGUGUCCAUAAAUGGAUCUGGUGAAAUAGUGGAGGGAGAUUCAGUGACUCUGAGCUGCAACAGUGAUUCAAACCCACCUGCAGAAAUCAACUGGUUUAAAGGACAGACCGUUGUUGUUACGUGGUUGCUGGUGCUGGAUGGAAGACAGGAUACAACGUACGACACAAAUCUUAUUUUAAUCACUUCCAAGAGGAACUGGCAGGAACACAGAGCGAUAAUCCACACACGUAGAACCACAAAUCAACAAUAAAGACCGACAAGGGGAGUGAGGCACAAAGAACACUAUAUACACAGAAACAGGGGAGUGGCUACAAACGAGAUAACAAGGGGAAGUCCAAAUACGGGUAAGACUAAACCAAAAACACUAAACCAAGAGGGGGAGAAAACGGAACAAACCAAAAGAACAAGAAACACUGGGGGAAAAACACUAGGA